CCACAUCAUCAUCAUCCAAACAUUUGGCGCUAGCUUUUCUAUUUGCACUACAGCCUCUUCUUGUCCUCCAACUCAUAAUAUCCUCUACCCAAAAUUGUAGCAGCCAUGGGAGCUGGAGGAACCCUCUUCUGUUCUCAGAGUUUUAGUUUUGUAGUUUGUAAUUACACUCAAAAAAAUCAUGCCCAAAAUAAUCGAGCUUUGGCAUUGAAAUCAGUACUUGUACACAAAUUGACCACUUUUACUAAUCAAGAUUCAAUUUUGACAAAACACCAGAAUCUUCCUAUUCUUCGACUUAAGGUUGUUACUAGAGCUGCUGAUUCCUCUCAGCCAUCUUCCUCUGCUAUUACUUCCUCCGACAAAUCUAUUGUCCCCGAUGAAGAGUUUUCACUUGCCAAGGUUUCUUUUGGUGUCAUUGGGCUUGGUCUUGGUGUUUCACUUCUCUCGUACGGAUUUGGGGCAUAUUUUAACAUCCUUCCUGGUUCCGAGUGGUCUGCAUUGAUGUUGACUUAUGGUUUCCCACUUACUAUAAUUGGCAUGGCUCUUAAGUAUGCAGAGCUCAAGCCUGUGCCAUGCAUAACGUACUCAGAUGCUCAACUACUCAGGGAAAAAUGUGCUACUCCAAUCCUUAAGCAGGUCAGGAGCGAUGUGAUAAGAUACCGUUAUGGGGAUGAGCAGCAUUUGGACGAGGCAUUGAAGCGUAUUUUCCAAUUUGGACUGGGUGGUGGAAUACCACGUAGAAGUGCUCCCAUCUUACAAAUGAUUCGAGAAGAAGUGACUGAGGAUGGUAAAUACUGUCUAGUGCUGGUCUUUGAGGCAAAAGCUCUGCAGUUGUCAGAUCUUGAAAAAAGACAGGCAAAAUUUGCGUCCUUCUUUGGACCAGGAAUAUCAGCUGAAAUUGCAAAGGGAGAGAAAGAUGCACUAUAUGAAGUACGGCUAAUUUCCAAUACAACAUUGUAGAUUGUGAGAAAUUUUGUAACUGUGGGUAUAGUCUGUUGUUAUAUAAUUCAUUCUGCCACAUAAAUAUAUUGAUAUUUCUUCAAAAUUGCACUGUACAUUGUUGAACCCAUAGGAAUAUAUAGAAUGAUGAAAAUUUAAAACCGCACAUGGUGCCACAUUGUAUAAAACCUGCUUUUAUUUA